AUGUCGCUUUUCGGAGAGUCACCGCCGCCGACGCCGGCCGCCCGCCAGAACAAGUCGUCGCUGUUCGACGACCAUGAACAGCCCGCUGCUCGCAGCACCUCCAACAACUCGGGCUUGUUCGCCGAGACGGGCAAUCCAGACGACGGUCAAUCGCCCUGGGACUUUCCCGUUCCCAAGAAGCAAAACAGCACCCGCCAGAGAGGAGACUUGAUCAAGACACUGCUGCCGCCUAGCGACGUCCCCGAGUCCUACGUCAACCUCUUUGAUACCUUGCUGUCCCAGAGCACUGCCCACGGCGCCAUUACCCUCGCACAGAUCAAGACGCUGUUGUCGCAGAGCAGCAUUGGACAACCCGAGCAGUCCAAGAUUCUCGAUCUCAUUAGCGCGACAGAUGCCGACAACUCACGUGUCCUAGGCCGCGGCGAGGUCAACGUUGUCUUUGCUCUUAUUGGACUAGCACAAGAGGGCGAAGAGCUUGGUUUGGACGCUGUUGAUGAGCGCAGAAGACAAUUGCCCGUUCCCAAUCUGCCUUCUCUCACCGCCCCUCCCAAGCAAGAGCAGAAACCUCCACGAACUCCCACUGGUCCUCCCCCUCAAGCAGACUCGAGUGCCUCACAAUCUCAGAAUCUCGAAACUCCUGGCUUCGGCUUUGGCGACGAUCCCUGGGGAAGUCCUUCCCUGCACAAAAAUCACCACCACGAACAAGCUGCCGCCCCCUCGUACGCUCAGGCAGCUGCUCCUUCAUACCCCAACGGUGGUGUCAAUGGUCGUGCAGACCCUCCCCACGUCCGAACGACCAGCAAUUUCACAACCACUUCCGUCGCCGACAAGACCGACUCUCCCUCCACCGAGCCUUCCUCGUUCGAACCUUCGCGACCCACAACGGCCGAGAGUGGUUGGGGUGGUUAUUCUGCCUCGAAUGACGGUUUCAAUACUGCUCCCGGUAACGAAGGCUUCGGUGAGCCGCAGAGCGAAAACAACCAAACCUCGGGUAGCGUGAGAAGACCCCUCGGCGUGUCUAGAUCCAGCGGCGCGACGGGACCUGAAGAACUUGUUACGGUCAAUGUACUCGAAGAGAAGGAAGGCAUGUUUUUGUUCCAACAUCGCAACUACGAGGUAUCCAGCAUCAGGAGGAACAGCCGUGUCAUUCGCCGAUACAGCGAUUUUGUCUGGUUGUUGGACUGCCUGCAUAAGAAGUUCCCGUUCAGACAGCUUCCUCUUUUGCCGCCCAAGCGUGUCGCCAUCAACGGCAAGCACAUUGCUGCUGAUAACCUAUUCAUCGAAAAGCGAAGGAGAGGCCUGGCACGCUUUGCAAAUGCGCUCGUCCGCCAUCCCGCUCUGAGUCAAGACCAGCUUGUCAUCAUGUUCUUGACUGUUCCUACGGAACUUGCUGUAUGGCGAAAGCAGGCUUCCAUCUCUGUGCAAGAAGAAUUUACUGGCAAGCCUCUUCCCCCAGGUCUCGAAGACUCGCUUCCUCAAAACCUUUCCGAGCUCUUUGACACGGUACGAAACGGUGUGCGCCGCUCGACCGAGGUUUACAUAAACAUGUGUGGCAUGGUCGAGCGACUUAUUAAGCGUAACGAGGGCCUCGCAAGCGAAUACAUUCGUCUCUCCAUGGCUCUCGGUAGCCUGACAGAAUGCUCCGCCGAUACUUACGCCAUCGACACCAACGAAGUAGAGCUGUUGAACGGUGGUCUCAAUGGCACAGCCAAGCAUCUCUCCACCAACCAGACUCUCCUCGAGGAUGAGGCUAGAGCUUGGGACUUGGGUGUUCUGGAGGACCUCAAGCGCCAGCGUGAUGCUUUGGUCAGCAUGCGGGACAUGUUUGACCGUCGCGAUCGUUAUGCGCGCGACAAUAUUCCUCAAUUGGAACGUCGCAUUGCCUCGAACGAGAGCAAGCUGUCUGGCAUUCGUGCACGACAGGAGUCUCAGAUCAAGCCUGGCGAGGCCGAGAAGGUCGAGAGCGCAAUUGUCAAGGACAAGCAAUCGAUAGUCGACCAACACGCUCGUGGCGUCUUCAUCAAGGAAUGUGUUCGCGAUGAGAUUGUGCACUUCCAAUCAUCUCAAUAUCAUGUCAGCAGAAUGCACCAAGAGUGGUCGCAAGAGCGCGUCAAGUACGCGGAGUUGGGUGCAGAGAAUUGGAAAUCAUUGAGCGAGGAGCUUGAGGCCAUGCCUCUUGGUGAUUGA